UCUUUGGUUGUUUAUCAGGAAUAGUGAUUUAGCUCAACUUUAAAUUAAAUUGAUCAUCUUCCACAACAAUACCUCGUAUGCUCUUGAGUCUUGAGAAUCUUCUCCUUUUAUAUGCAUCGGUGAAAUCAUUUAAUUAUCAUUCUAAUAGAACCUUCUACAAGUUGUAUAAGUAUGUGAAUCAUUAAUCUUAUUUUAGAACAUAAUUCACGCUAUUUUUGGAGGUAUGAACUUUCUAAUUCUUCGAAUUCAGAUAUGCAGAUAGCUUUUACUCCAAAAAAAAGGAGAUAGCUGGAUUAAAAUCCUCCCAUAUAAUAAUAAUAAUAAUAAUAAAGAUAGUUGGAUUCAUUAUUAUAUACUUAUAACUAUUAGAGCAGAAAAAUUUAAUGGCCAUUGAAUAGCUAGCCUUAACUUCUACCAAAUCAAUUGGCCUACUAAUGAAGGACUCAACUAACAAUUUAGCAUUGAUUCUUUUCACCUAAAUCAUGGAUAGAUCAACAGUUCACAGACCCUUAUUUAUCAUCAACACCAAUCGUAAGUAACUAAAGCAUAAUUCGAAAUUAUAACACAGUUUAACUUCACAUGAAAAUGGAGUCAGAAACAACAAAGCACAUCCUCCUCCUCCCAUACUUAGCUCAAGGCCACCUCCGCCCUUUCCUCCACCUUGCUCACCGCCUUCACUCUCACACUCCUUUCACCAUCUCUCUCCUCACCACCCCUCUUAAUGCUGCCAAUCUUCGCCGCCUAAAUGAUAAUAUUGAAAUCAACAUCAAUGAGCUUCCCUUUAACAGCUGCGACCACGGCCUCCCUCCUAAUACUGAAAACACUGACAAACUCCCCUUAACCUCAAUCAUCACUCUAUUCUAUGCCUCCACCUCUCUUGAACCGCAUCUCCGCGACUAUCUCACGCGCCACCAUCUUCACAGCCCACCUGUGUGCAUUAUCUUUGACAUUUGUUUUGGUUGGGCUGACAAUGUGGCCCGAUCAUUCGGGUCCAUUGGAAUUGGUUUUAACACUAGUGGGGCCUAUGGCGUAGCGGCAUAUGUCUCCAUCUGGAAUCAUCUUCCUCAUCGAAAUGUCUCUGAUGACGAGGAAUUUUUGGUUCCAGGAUUCCCCGAAAACCAAAAAUUUCAACGGAAUCAGCUUCACCGGUUUUUAGAUACUGCUGACGGUUCUGAUGAUUGGUGUAGGUUUAUUCAGCUCCAGCUUAGAUUGUCUAUGAAGUGUUCUGGGUGGUUGUCUAAUACCGUUGAGGAAAUUGAACCUUUGGGAUUUGAAAUUCUGAGGAAUGUAAUAAAAAUACCCGUUUGGGGAAUCGGACCUACAAUUAUGACAUCUUCUUCAAAUGAUAAUGAUGAAGCUUGUUUAGAGUGGUUGAACCAAUGCAAAAAAGAAUCUGUUUUGUACAUUUGUUUCGGGUCACAGAACACUGUGACUCCAGCGCAAAUUAUGGAACUAGCAAAAGGAUUAAAAGAAAGUAUCGUUUCAUUCUUAUGGGUAAUCCGUCCACCACUUGGGUUUGAUUUCAAUGGGGAGUUUAAACCCGAAUGGUUGCCGGAAGGGUUUGAGGAGAGGAUGAGGGAGAAGAAACAAGGGAAGUUGGUACGAAAAUGGGCGCCUCAAUUGGAGAUUUUAAAGAAUGAAGCAAUAGGGGGAUUCUUGAGUCAUUGUGGGUGGAAUUCGGUGGUGGAAUCUUUAACAGAGGCGGUGCCGAUAAUAGCAUGGCCCUUGGCGGCUGAGCAAGCGUAUAACUCAAAGAUGUUGGUGGAAGAGAUGGGGGUUGCGGUUGAGUUGACGAGGGGUUUGGAAGGGGAGGUAAAGAAAGAGAAGGUGAAGAGGGUAGUAGAGAUGGUGUUGGAUAGAAGUGAGGGGAGUUGUGGGUGGGAGAUGAAGAAGAAGGCUGUCGAUAUCGGGGAGAAAAUGAGGGAUGCUCUGAAAGUGGAGGGAGAUUACAAGGGGUCUUCUAUUAGGGCAAUGGAAGAUUUUUUAGAGUUCAUAGUUUCCUUCAGGGGUAAGGAAGUGGCAUGAGCUUAGCGAGCUCCGUUAAUAUGUGAACAAUAUGUGUCAACAUGUGUGAUGGACAUGCCAAUUUAAAUUCACUCUGUAUUGAGUGAUUAAGUAGGAUUGGCAUGUUCUUCUUUAUGUUAUAUGUAGGUAAUUUUAAUAAGUAUGUGUCAAGUAGUUUAUGAUCUCAAAUUCUCAAUGUUGCUUAACAUGAAUACAAUCUCUUUGCAUUGAAACCUAGCCUACACCAAGUUAAAAUGAUAAAUUGGAAUUAUGUAUUGUUGUGGUGGAAAUGAACACCGCACUUAUGAAUUGCGGCUUCUUAGCCAAACUUUUUUUUCAUCAUAUAUAUACUGUUAUCCUACUGUUGUUCAUGAGAAGAAAUCGCGAAAGAUGUACUCGACUGCCUUGGUGUUCUGGAUGGUGGGAUGUUCAUAUGCUGCUGUCAGCACCCUGAAGUGAUAUGUGCGUCUCAGAUCUUGUGUCGACACAGUGAAUCUAGAAUUAACUACCUUAAAUAUGUUCGAUGUAAUUUGUGAGGUGAAGAGAUACUAGCUAUCUGGAAAAAUAGAUGAGACACGUUACCAGAACGAAGCUAUGUUAUGGCCAAGGAUGGCUCCUCUCCCCCCCCCCCCUUUUUUUUUUUGAGCUUGGUGUACAGUACUGCAAUUAUUUCAUUUUCUUAAUGGGACUAUGGAAGUUACUAAUUAAUGGACUCCCUAUAAAAAUUAUCUAGCUUGACGUUUGAGACAAACCAUGGGACUGAAAAGUAGAUACUCGAUGUGCGUCGAGCCGUCGAAAGUUGAGUGCAUCCCAUAUCUAAGUGAUCAAGCUUCCAUAGUUCAAUAGAGCUUGAAAGCUUUGAAAGUGUGUAGUUACGGUUGAGUGAAAGUAAAUUUAAUGUGAUUCAGCAACGUGACUAUUGUUUCUGGAUGAAAGGAGUUCUAUUUUGAAAGGCCAAAAGUUGUCUUUGGUGUUAUUAUGAAGAUUUAUGUCGUGGGCAUUUCAACCUAAACAUCUACAUUACCUAGCUACGUGUUGAAGUUA